AUGUUACGUUUUUAUAUAAAAAGUUAUCAUCUUCAAUCAGCUUGCGUUAUAAAUAUUUGGUCAACUAGAUGUUUAUCUUCAGCGAAUAAAUUGAUUAGUCAUGAUGAAAUUCGUACAUGGAAUCAUUCAUUACGUGAACUUCUUCGUCAUGGUAAACUGGAAGAAGUUCUUGAACAAUAUCAUAAUCGAAAAUCAACAUUAGGAGAUCUAUCUAUACAAACUUAUUGUAUAAUUUUUAAAGCAUUUACAUUAACUAAAAAAUGGUCGGAAGCUCAUCGAUUAUAUACUCAAAUUCAAACUAAUACAAAACUUUAUAAUGACCAACAAUUAAAAAUUGCAACGGAACAGAUUCUUGCUGAUCUACUAGCAUCACUGCCAACAUCGACUAAGCCGCACCAUAUUGAUCCAACUGUUUUUUCUAUAGUUAUGACUGGAUAUAAUCUUCAUCGUCAACCAGACAAGACUUUAAUCACUUUUGAUCGUGUUCAAUGUCCCGAUGCUAUUUCUUAUUUACUAGCAUUUCAAGCAUGCGCACUAUUAAAAAACUUACAAAAAGGAAAAGAAUUAGCUAAAAAAUUAGAAAAAUUAAAUAUAGAUCUUGGAAAAAAUUUCAAAUUACAGACUGCAUUAUUUGACAUGUAUGGUAAAUGUGAUGAUGUACCCAAUGCUGAAACUAUUUUUGAUAUGAUUGAAAAUCCAACGAUAGUUCAUUACAAUUCUUUAUUAAAAGUAUACAAUAAUAAUAAGAUGUAUGAUAAAGCAUUUGAAUUGUAUUAUAAAUUAAAACAAAAUCAAAAGAAUCUUAUACCAGAUCAAAUCACAUUUAGUUGCAUUCUAUAUUCUGUUGCUAAAAUAGCUCAUAGUGAUCGAUGCCAAGAUAUUCUAAAUGAUUUAAAUUCAAGCAAAAUUCAUCUUGAUCAACAUCCUAUUCUUCAAACAAGUCUAAUUCAUGCAUUAGGCAAAUGUGGAGAUAUCACUACAGCUCAAAAAAUCUUCGAUCAAAUUACUCAAGAACGUACAACUGGUAUUUAUAAUGUUUUGAUGAAGGGUUAUAUCUAUGCUCAAACACCAUUAACAGCCCUAUCUAUUUUUGAUAAAAUAUCAAAACCUGAUACAAUUUCCUAUUUGAUUGCAAUCAAUGCUUGCGCUCAAAUCUCUAUGCUUCGUCGAGCUCGAAUUUUAUAUGACCAAAUUUUAUCGAAUUUUCCAUCAUGUAAAGAAGAUAUUCGAAUAAUGAAUGCUCUUAUUGAUAUGUUCGGAAAAUGUGCUGAUGUCAAUGUAGCUCAACAACUAUUUAAUAUGAUUGAACAUAAAGAUAUUAUUUCGUAUAAUGCACUGAUUAAUGCCUAUGGUCUCAAUGGUUAUGGUUUGAAGGCUUUCAACAUUUACAAUUCGCUCUUAAAGAAUUCAACAUUAAUUCCAGACGAAAAAACUUUCUCAAUUCUUAUUAAUGCUUGUUCACAUUCAUUACUUGUUAAUGAAGCUGAACAAAUCUUUGAUUCGAUACCAAUUAAAUCUCGAAAUGUUUUUAUUUACGCUACUAUGAUUGAUACAUUGUGUCGCGCAUCAAAAAUAAAUCAAGCUGAAAAUCUACUUGUUCAAUUUGAGCAAACCAAUAGAAAAUAUCCACCGAUGUAUAUAACAUUGUUAACAGCUUAUGCUCGUGUUGGAAAUAUUAAUAAAGUGAUUGAGAUACGUGAUUUUAUUCAGGAACAUUUUCCCACUGAUUUUCAUUAUAUUUCAUCAGCAACAAUUCUUCUAGCCAAUACGUAUGCUUUUCUGGAUAAUAUGAAUGAAGCAAAACGUUUACGUACGAUACUAACGGAAACAAAUAAGCUACGUGGAAUAUCAAAAUUACCUGGAAUAUCAUGGACAGAAACGAAUGAUGGUCAAAUACAUGAAUUUAUUGCUCAUGAUAAACGUCAUGAGCGAACAGAAGAUAUUUAUGAAGAACUGAAAUAUAUUUCUGAUAAACUUAGCAAAGAUGGUCAUAAAAGUGACCGAAGAUGGAUAACAUCAGAUCAUAAUUGUAGUGAAUUAACCGAUCCAUUACAUACUCAUAGUGAACGGUUAGCACUUGCAUAUCAAUUAUUACUACGAAGAACAAUACCGAGUAAUGAACCAAUACAAAUUACAAAAAAUCUUCGAAUAUGUGGAGAUUGUCAUGAAAUUUUCAAACGAAUCACUCGUAUUUACACAGGACUGAUUAUUUUAAUUCGAGAUAGAACACGAUAUCAUAAAUUUCAACAAGGAGAAUGCUCUUGUAAUGACUUUUUUUGA